AUGGCGUCUCGCUCGCCGACUCUCCGCCCGUCGUCCGAUCCAUUCGGUGCAGAUCCUGAGAAAGACGCUCCCAACACUCUUAACCAUGUGAACAACAACCAGACGCAAAGAGAGGCCUCUGGCAUGGAACCCACGGCGGAGAAGAGACGCUCCUCUCUCAGCUCGGCUCUUCGACGGUUGAGCGUGAAUCCGAAUGCAGAACCUUUUGGGGAGGACGAGGGCGAGGAUGGAGUCAAAUAUCGUACCUUGAAGUGGUGGCAAUGCAGUAUGAUCAUGAUCGCAGAGACCAUUUCUCUCGGGAUUCUAUCGCUGCCAUCUGUCUUGGCCACGAUCGGGAUGGCUCCGGGGGCCAUUCUCAUUCUUGGUCUCGGUAUUGUAGCGACCUAUUCAGGAUAUGUUAUCGGGCAGUUCAAAGCCGCACACCCCUGGGUCCAUAACAUGGCUGAUGCCGGAUAUGUCCUAUUCCAACCGCUGGGACCACGCUGGGCUGCCGUUGGCCGCGAGGUCUUCGGCGCAGCCCAAACAAUCUUUCUCGUCUUCAGCAUGGCUAGCCAUAUCUUGACCUGGACCAUCUGUCUCAACACUCUGACGGAUGGUGCGGCCUGCACAAUAGCUUGGGGUGUUGUGGGUCUCGUUAUAUUCUGGAUUUUCGACAUACCACGGACAUUGCUGAAGGUCUCCUGGCUCUCUUGUGGCAGUUGUCUCAGCAUCACUUCCGCCGUCAUUGUCACCAUGGCCGGGGUCGGCGCCAGAGACCCAGCUCAAGGUCACUUCCGCGCCACGCAGUCGCCCACGUUUAUCACGGCAUUUUCUAGCGUGACCAACAUCGUCUUUGCAUACGCCGGGCAUGUGGCGUUCUUCAGCUUUAUAUCUGAGAUGAAGGAUCCCAAGGACUUUCCGAAGGCCUUAGUUGCGUUGCAGAUCUCCGACACCGGCAUGUAUUUCCUCGUGGCCAUGGUCAUUUACGCAUACGGAGGUGAUCAGGUCGAGUCGCCGGCGCUGGGUACAGCUGGUCCAAUUGUCGGAAAGGUGGCGUGGGGCCUGGCAAUACCUACCAUCAUCAUCGCUGGAGUGAUAUAUGGCCAUGUCGCCUCGAAGUACAUUUACGUGCGGCUCUUCCGAGGCACAAAGCACAUGUCAAAGCGGACGGUGCUCGCGGUGGGCAGCUGGCUUGCCAUUACGCUGGUAUUGUGGGUGGUCGCCUGGAUCAUUGCUGAAUCCAUCCCGAACUUCAAUAAUUUGCUGUCUCUGAUAUCGAGCUUGUUCGCCUCUUGGUUCACGUACGGGAUUUCUGGCAUCUUCUGGCUCUUCCUCAACAAGGGCCAAUACACCAAGAAUUGGCGGAAGAUCUGCCUGACUGUUGCGAAUCUGUUGUUGUUCGGACUGGGUGCUGCCAUUUGUGGCAUGGGUCUUUAUGCCAGCGGCACUGCCAUCAGCAAUGAGCCGGGAGGAAACAGCUGGACCUGUAAGAGUAAUGCAGAGUAA